GUGGUGGGGUCAGGGCUUGGGGCCUUUAGCCGGGACCACUGGGUGUUGCAGGCUGUGCUUGGCCUGGUCGGAGUUUACAGGAGCCGGGAUGGCCGUAUCGUUACGCUCCGCUUUACAGAGGCUGCACGGCAUGUUCGCUGUUUACAAACCGCCCGGAGUUCACUGGAAACAGCUCCGAGACACCGUGGAGACCAAACUCUUGAAUGAACUCAAUAGCUUGGAGCAACCGGUUGUUCAGCAGCAAAUCCGAUUUGUGCCAAGUGUGAUCAAGGGUGAGAACGGAAAUGAAACCCAUCUGACUGUAACCCAGGUCCCAGUGCUGGCUGAUCACCCACGAGUUACAGGUCCAAAGUUUGUUGGUGUGAAGGUGGGGGCUGGUCACCGCCUGGAUUUGCAAUCCUCUGGUGUGCUGGUGCUGGGUGUUGGAAAUGGAAACAAGCAGCUAAACAGGCUCUACCACUGUCACCUGACCAAGGAAUACAUUGUAAAAGGUAGCUUUGGGACAGCGACUGAGGACUUCUCAAACACAGGCAGAGUGAUCGAGAGAACAACUUAUGAUCACAUCACACGGGACAGGCUGGAGCGUAUCAUUGCCGUGAUCCAGGGCAGCCACCAGCGAGCACUGCUAAUAUAUUCAGAUGUUGAUUUGAAAAGUCAAGAGGCCUAUGAACUUGCAUCCCGGGGUUUGUUACGGCCUGUGAAUAAAUCCCCUCCGAUCAUUACCGCUAUUCGAUGUGUACACUUCUCCCCUCCGAGCUUCACACUGGAGAUCCAGUGUCUGCAUGAGACCCAGCAGUACCUGCGGAAGGUUGUCCACGAGAUAGGUUUGGAGCUAAAGUCAUCAGCAGUGUGCACUCAUGUCCGCCGUACACGUGAUGCGAUUUUCACAGUGGCCAAUGCAUUGAUCAGGACACAGUGGGAUCUGCCGAGUAUACUGGCUGCAGUCCAGGCCAGCCGGCUGAAAGUAGAAGCCAAGCUGCACGAACAAAGCUGGAGACUCCUGGAGUCCUCUGAGGAAGACAUGUACACAGUGGUCAAAGCCAGGGUCCUGGAGAAGGGAAAUCACUGUCCAGGAUCCACACAACUGGGGGACUGAUCUGGGACUGCAGCAUGCUCAGUGUUUGUUUUGAAGCAGACAUCAGUCAGGCUGAUGUUAAAGGGGAACUGCAGGAUUUGUGUACAAGGAGGAACCAUAUUCCAGGACAAUGUCGCAAAACACUUUUUUUUUCUUUAAUGUAAAUCUGUGAACACUGUUGAAAGAAUAAGGCCCUGAGGCAUUAGGCCCUGACAACAUGCAGUAAACCAGGAAACACUGCAGGUGGCAGUCAGGAGCCAACACUGGGAAGCAGCAGAAAAAUCAGUAAGUAUUUUAUUGUAUGGGAACCAGCACUGAGCUACACACAGGUGACUGGGCUUACAGCAGAAUCUAAGCAGAAGGUGACAAUGUCAGUCAUCUUUAUAGAAAUGGGGAUAUUUUGCUUUUAGAUGGUAGAGUGUCUUCCUUAUGAGGUAUGGAGGUGCCGGUGUUGGUCUGGGGUGGAUAAGAUCAGAAAUCACACAAUACCAGGUUGUAGUCCAACAGGUUUAUUUGAAAACUCAAGCUUUUUGGAGCUUCACUCCUCCUUCAGGUAUUAGUCAGAGAGGUAGUAUCAGACACAGAAUUUUUCAGUAAAAGACUGAAAGGUGACGCCACUGAUGAGGAUAUAUUAAACAAACCUAAGAUGCUGUUAAAUCUUUAAUCAGUUUAAAAAGUUUUAAUUGAUUCAUAUGUAAACACCCAAAUUUCUUUCGAGUCACUGCCCUGAGAGAACUGAAGGUUUUAUCCGUGUAAAGAAGGGGUGACGUUUUAGGUCUGACAAUGCAUGUUAGAUGUGUGGCCCUCUUUGGAAUCUGUUUGUGUUUCGGUUUGGAGUCAGACUGGUUUUAUUUCUGAAGUGGGAAUUUAUAAAAUGUCACUGACUGUAUAUAAAUACAUACUCUGCUUUUUCAACAAAACAGAAUCUGCAAAUACAAAUUCACCCCAUAGAUGCACAUGUGGGGGGGAGGGGAAGGCUUAUAACCAAGUUUGUUACCGAUGAGGACGGCCUCAAUCAGGAUCUUGGGUUCAUGUUGCACAACGGGUGACCCCACCACACUGUAUUUUCAUUCGCGCUCUCUCUCACACACACACACACACACACACCAUUUUAUAAAUUCCUACUUUAGAAAUAAAACCAGUCUGACUGCAAACCAAAAUGCAAACAGAUUCCAAACAAGUCCUCACACCUAACAUGCAUUGUCUGAACUAACUAUCACUUCUUCACACUGAUAAAACCUUUUGUCCCCUCAGGAUAGUGAUUUGAAAGGAAUUUGGGGAUUAACAUAUACAUAAUCAUUAAUCAGUGAGGAGGUUUUAAUUGAAGAUUGAACAGCAUCUUAGGUUUGUUUAAAUUAUCUGUGAGAGCCUGUGAUCUUUUACUUAUAAAUUCUGUGUCUGAUACCGCCUCUCUCACUAACACCGGGAGGAGGAGUGAGGCUCCAAAAGCUGUUGGACUGUAACCUCAUGAUGUAUGAUUUCUGACUACUUUUAGCUCAAGUGGAUCGAUGGGAAAGUUGAAUUAGGAACAUGUAGAUCAGUCACACUAUUGAAAUGGCAGAGUAGGCUCAGAGGCUUACCUUUUUAUAUAUACACAUCUAAUAUAUAAUAAUUUGAAAAAGAUAAUAGUUAAGUAUUCACAAGACAAACCAGAGGAUGGGACUAGGUCACCUCACAGUCAUCAGGCUACACUGUUUCUGGAAGAUGUUAUGCCUGAACAAGAGAGCUGGGGCUGGAAGUGUCAGUCUACCUUUUAUAGUCCAACAUUUCUGCUCUAGACCUCCUUUACUGACAUAUAUAAAAGUUUUGGGUAUCAUAAGGCUGUUUCUAUACAAUUAAGUUCACUCCGUGUUCUCCAUAUGUCUAUGUUAUGAUUGAAUUGUGGGAGGGGGUAAUAUUCCAAUCUCUUCUCUGAGUGAUUCAAGACUCUGUUCCAAUCGAUUCUCAUAGUAGAAGUUCAUCAUACACUGAGCUGUCCUGCCGCACCGUACAGCCCACGGGAUUAAGUCUGUUACUAAAACCUGGAUAUUCCUGUAAGGGAGACAAGGAUAUGUAAGUUCGCAGCAGGUGAAUGAGUGUUUGCUCACUUAUCCCAGUCCUGUUCGGGGGACUGAAGCUUCACACUGUUUAAAGCAGAUGUUUGUCUGAAGAUGUUUCAUGUUGUUACAACAAACAAACUCUGGUUUGGACUUCCACAGCCCUCAGGUCGUGACCCCUCUCUGAUUUUAGCUGGGGUAGUAACUUUGCAGAAUUUAAAUCCAGAAAUGAAACACUAAUAGUGUAAUAGCAUCCAUUUAAGGAACAUUCCCCAGUCUGUCCUGAAUGUACUCCAGUUACAUGUCAAUGUAUUUUACUCAAACAGCCAAUGAAGAGACUGAGCAGGUCAUUCAAUGUAAAGGAACUCAACAUCACCACCAGCAUGAACUCUCCAAGUUCUCUACAGAGUUCAAUGUUAGGAACUGAACUCUGUAUAGCAUGAACUCUCCAAGUUCUCUACAGAGUUCAAUGUUAGGAACUGAACUCUGUAUAGCUACAGAGCCAAAGGUGUAAAGGCUUUUUAAGAUAAAACAGUGUGAUGCCUCAGCAGGAUGAAAUCUCCAAAAUGCCCAGGUCUCCCCUUGCCUAUAAACAGGAUAGCUCAAACUCAGUCUGAACUCAAAACUGUUUCUCACAAAGUAACAAUACUCACCUGGCAGAUAGGUGGAGAGGACCAAAUACAGCUCCCAAAAUACACAUAGGUAGACCAGUCUGCACUGCCUCAAACCACUUGACUGCAACCUCACCUGGUAAAUACGGUGAAACACAGGAUCAGUCCAGGAAAUAAUAACAACUGACCAUACGGUCUGUGUGUAGCCCACAACCUCAUCCAAAGACACUUGGGGUGUCAACUUUACACUCUCACGCUUGAUGGUAAAUCAGAAUAAAUUAAAUCUUUUCCAUUUCAUAUUCUUCCUGAACAGGUAGAGAAGACGAAAUGGUUCUGAAGCUGAUCUUCAGGGCGAUAUCCCUGCUGAUACAGUGUGAUAGUCAUUGUGAUUGCAAUGUACAGGCUGAACCUUGGUCAUCAUCUAAAUAAAAACCAAAAGAUAAUGGAAAUCAGAAAUAAGAACGGAAAUUGCUGCAAAAGCUCGGCGGGUCUGGCAGCAUUUGUGGACAGUAAUCAGAGGUAGUGUUUUGAUUUCAGUGACCCUUCCUCAGAACUUGGACAUCUUCUGCCUGCACUCGUGUGUGUACUGUGAAAUGGAUCAGUGCUGCCCUAAAGUGUAUGUAGUGAUAAUUGAUGACAGAAGGCUAAACAACAUGUCCUAACUUAUUUAUUGAGCGAGAGACACACCCAUCCCCUCCUGUCCUAGUUCAACUGAUUCUUCAAAUAACUUCAGGGCUCUUGGUUGCAUCACAUUCAGACAUUGAGUGUCAAUUGCUCAGAGAGGAAAAACAAUUGUCAAUGUUAGUCCUAGGCUCAGCUGUUACUAGUCUGAACCUGUCCUGUUCUUGCUAAAGUAGUAUAUCAUCCAAUUCUCUUCAUUACUUUGUAACUCAUCUGUAAGAUAUCUCCAAGACCUAAUCCUUUCCAAAAUAAAUAGUAGUUUUUCUAGCUUUUCCUUGUUUCCUAACACUGCCCCUCUCAGUCUGAUCAGUAACCUUAAUAAAUUCAGCAACCUUCCAUUUUUCUGAGGCUGCAACUGAAGUAUCCCAGUCUCUGCUCCCAGCCCAGAGGAUCUAGCAUCAGUCUUCAUCUCUCAACCCAUCAUCUUCCUAACUCUGUACUUUAUCCCUCCAUCCCUGGCAUUCCAUUCUUCUCCCACAUUCACAAUUUUCUCUGUCUCCAGUGACAUAGCUAUAUCUUAAUGGCACCUUAGACCAGAACUGGCCACGGUUUCCUAGGGGGGCAGUACAAACUGGAGUUCCAUGUAGUUUGAUCAUGAUUCUCAUUGCUUCAUUUUAGUCCAAUUCCACCCCAAGUUUGACAUUGCUUGAACUUGUUGAAUGUUGAUUAACCAAAGAUUUCAUGGUCACUUCCUUGUUCAAGUUAUUCCAUGGCCUUUGAAAGAGUACAUGUUGUAUACAUUGCUCCUUUAAAGCAACAGGUUUAAGUUAAUUACAACCACUCUGCCCCUCAUUUUAUUCAAUUUAUUCUUUAAUUCUGAUAUCCCAGUUUGAUAUCUUCUGCAAAGACAAAAGGCCACUUGACACUGUGUUUGUGUCCAGCUCCUGAUCUAAAUUAUGUACAGCACUGGUCACAGUGGCCUGCCCUAAUUCUCCAGUUUCUCUCUCCUGCUUUUCAAUUAGCUGCCCCCAGUUUUGCAUAAAUCACUUGAAGCUAUCCUUUUUCUUCUAUACCUAUUUUCUUUUCCCUUACUUCCUCCUUAAUGGUCUUGUGGAAUGAACUUUGCUGCUGCCUGGUUUUAUUUCAUCUGUUCCUCACAGAUUUGUGGUUACCUCUGUCUGCUUAGUUUCCUUCUCAAGGAGCGCAUUAUCCUGUUUCCAAUUUGUAGUUGCCGCCUCAGUGUCUACUAAUUUGCCCAGUGUCAAUGCCUUAAAAAUCCCCCUAGUCUUCAGCAGCAUCAAUCCCAUCUCUUUCUGGGGACUCAUUAAUUGGUUGUCAAGAAGCUUGUUUAAGACAUCAAUCACAGUGAUACAAAGAUUGAUUUUACUAUUUUUAUAGCUGAAAAUGAUGUCAAUCAUCUCCCCUGCACUAAAUGGCCAUGUAGAAUAUGCACUAUCCUUGUCUUGAGUUUUGAUCCUGCUUCUAACUUCCUGUUGAAAUCACAAAGAAUGCUACAUUUACGGUUAUUGUAGGCAUUUCUCUUGUAUUGCUGUCGGUCAACCUUCCCUUUGUAUCUGCAAGAUGGGAGCUUGUUAUUACCUCUCUCUGCACCUCGUUUAUUUAGAACAAGCAUAAUUCUCAGUCUGUAUUGUCCUGCAAACUUGAAAUUAAAAUUAUACCUUCUGUGGCA